GUUGCAUUGCAACAGGAAGGUGAAUCAGUUUACCAAGUGCUAGUAUCAGACAACUUUUGUUCUGCUUAGUUUCUUCCUCAAGCUUCCCUAUCUAUAUCUGGUAUUUACUUCAGGACAUCCGGUCUCUUUACAGGGGGGUGCCGUAUCAAGAUGAAGUCACUUCCCACUCUGUUUCUCGGAUGCUUGUCUCUGUCUUUUGCCAAUCCAAUUGUGGUCACUUAUCCUAAAGACACCCCUCCAUCUGUCCUAGAGAACGCAAUGAAGUCUGUCAUCGAUGCCGGUGGACGUAUCACUCAUAGGUUUCAGUUAAUCAAUGGCUUCUCGGCUGACGCUCCUGAAUCGGCGGUUCAGCAAAUUUCAGUCCAAUCUGCCAAGUACAAUCCGACAAUUGAGAAUGACCUCCCAGUGUCUAUACAGUAGUGAUUAGAGCCACGGAGUUCGUAAAGAAGCUCCCCCCACAUAUCCCAACGGCCUCUGCUAGCCUCGGAACUACUUAUUCGUUCCCGUUGGAUCCCAGGAGCCAAUAUGAGCAGGUCUAACGAAUAACGGGUUUGGAUUGGUUAUGACCUUAUGGAAAUUGUUGCGUUGGUAUUUAAAAUCCUGUAGCCCUAGUAGCGCUUCGAAAUUGCUAUUGUUGUGCGUGUAAUAGAUGGUAUUCGUACGGGUCGUGUUCCUACUAUGGUCGAUAUUUAUCCUGCCUUUCCAUGACCCAUCCGUUAGGAGAGAAAACAAAUUGGGCGGAACCGUAUGCUCUUCUUUUAACAAUUGUCAGCGGUAAAUAGUAGUGCGACAGAGAAGUACUGCAGAGAACAUUAGAAAAAAGAAAGAAAAUUUUG